AAAAUAUUUUCUCACCGCACCUCCCUUAACUGUGUGUUUUUAGUAGUGUAAUCAGACAAAAACUUCGAAAAACCCUCAAAAUUGUUCAAUCAAAGCCUAAAAUAUCUAUAACAAACCAAACACACACUUUACGCCUACUUUUUCGCCCCAAGUUUGCAACUUUCGGAUUCUGCAUCAAUCGGGUCGGGUCGGGUCUUCAAGAUUUUCCGUUAAAGUUAUGAUGGUUCUGAUAAGUAACGUUGCAGUGCUUCUAGUCCUGUAACGCCCUUCGUGGUUUAAAUGGGCUGCUUUCAAUCGACCGUAAGAAAACCGGUUCCUGGGCACGAAAAUCCGAUCAUUCUUGCAUCUCAAACGGCGUUUAGUGUUAGUGAAGUUGAAGCUCUAUUUGAGCUAUUCAAGAGCAUAAGCAGUUCUGUGAUCGAUGAUGGAUUAAUUAAUAAGGAAGAAUUCCAAUUAGCUUUGUUCAAGAACAGAAAGAAAGAGAACCUCUUUGCAAAUAGGAUAUUUGAUCUUUUUGAUGUUAAGCAAAAGGGGGUUAUUGAUUUUGGUGAUUUUGUAAGAGCGCUUAAUGUUUUUCAUCCUAAUGCUCCUCAAGAAGACAAGAUUAGUUUUUGUUUUAAGCUUUAUGAUAUGGACGGAACAGGAUUCAUAGAGCGCCAGGAGGUUAAGCAAAUGUUGAUUGCACUUUUAUGUGAGUCUGAGCUGAAGUUGGCUGAUGAUACCAUUGAGAUAAUACUUGAUAAGACGUUUUCGGAAGCGGAUGUAGACCGGGAUGGAAAGAUAGACAAGUCAGAGUGGCAUAAUUUUGUCACCCAGAACCCAUCAUUGCUCAAGAUAAUGACUCUCCCGUAUCUAAGGGAUAUUACAACCACCUUUCCAAGUUUUGUGUUCAAUUCUGAAGUGGAAGAGAUUGCUACAUGAGAAUUUGUAUUGGAUUGUGAAGCAGUGUUGUCGACUAAUCUUUGCUUUUAGAUCAAUUCAUGUUUUGAAGAUUGACUAGGUUUGUGAGUUGUGCCUUCUUAUGUUAGCCUGGUUUUGGUUUGGCUUUCGUGAGGAGAAACAUCCAUCGGGGAUUUCAUAGAGCAAUAUUAUUUUCUUCUUUUUGUUAAAAUUCCGUUGAUUUUAUAUCUACCUAUAUCUAUGUCAAGUAGCCAUGUUCUGUAAAAUGAGUUGGCCAGAUAUAUCAUGAGCAAGCUCGGAAACUAUAGCUUUUAAAACAUGUGAAUAUAAUGCGCGAGCUCUCUCUGUUUUUUCUCUA